AAAAAGAUUAAAAUUUAUUAAUUGUUAAAAAAUUAAACGUAUUUACCAAACAAAGAAUUUAUUUUAUCUAUCUAAAUCUAAAUUCGUGCGUCCCAUCGCAAAAAAUUGCUUGCAAAAUAGGUUAUCCAAAGAUGGAGGUUGAGAAAAAGUUGUCGUUGCGUUCCACGUCGAAGACGAAUUGCGUGUCGAAGACAGCAUUUAACCAAACGAAAGCUGGUAAAUGCCAACGCCCUAGUGGACCGCUUCAUCGCAAUCCAUAUUUGAAUUUUCUACGCGAAUUUCGUCAACGCAAUUGCGGUCUCUCAGCUGUGGAAAUCAUACGACGCGGCGCUAAGGAAUGGAAUAAUAUGGCAAAAGAGAGCAAAUUGCGGUAUAUUGAAGAGGCUUUUUAUGCACCCAAGAAAAGAAAACUACCGCUGCCGCCGCCACAGAAGCAAGAGCAGCAGCAGUGGCAGCAGCAGCAGCAGCUGCAGCAGCAGCAGCAGCGUUACAAUAUUGAAAUGAAAUUAACGAUCUCCAAAAGCAAUACAACCCAAUACUUUGAUUAUGAUACUUUAAAACAAAGAUCGAAGUUCUAA